UUUGUUUACUCAGAAACAACUUGUGGUUUGAAAACCACAAUGUCAUAUUCCUGUGGCUUAAUCUAGGCAGGAACUUGGGAGCUGCUCUCAAGGCAUGGGGGCUCUACUAAUGUUUUUAGCUCAGGCCUGCAUAUCAUGUGACCCACCAAGCCAAAAGCAACUCCCCAGCCAUGCAUUGUGGCCUGUUGGGUGUUUGGUAAAGCAUCUGUUUUUACAAUCUCAAGCAGGCAGCCAAAGCAUGGGCUUUCUCAAACACCUGGUUGGCCAUCAUAUGUGACUAGUAGGCUGCCUUUGGUUUGGAAUGUUACAAAUUGUGCAGACCUAAUUUAGCUUCUUUCAUAUGCUUCUUAGCUAUAAAGCCCCAUUUCUGGGAAAGCAAUGCAGAAGAAAGAGAAGAGGCAAGACAAAGAGGGAGGUGGGGUAAUAAUAGAAGUCACAAGGACAACAUCCAGACUAACCUUCCUUGGAUAAACCUGGCUUUUCCAUUUCAUAAGUGGGAGCAGGUGAUUUUUUGCAAUCUUCUCUUCCCUUUCAGUGACCUGUGCCUCCUAAAACUAUCUCCCUGAGGAUCCCCCAACUCUGAGACAUAGCUUUUUGAAGCACAGGCAGCUGCAGAGGGAAGCAGAGGUUGCUGAAAACCACCCCUCAGGCAACAGAAAAACCUUGUGCAUCCUUGGAAAGUUAGUCUGGCUGUCAGCCACAGAUUUAAACCACCUCCAAUUUCUUACAAACCUGAAGCCCGCAGUUGAAUGAACAAUAUCUGAAAUUUCAUGCUCCCCCACUGCCAAUUUCUGAGUCCUCAUGAUGCCCUUAACCACAAUGCAACAGAAGAAACAACUGGGAGAACUGCCUUGUCAACGUCUACACUCUAGGUUUAGCAGCCCCUGGUUCCUCCCUUGCCUGUCCACUUCUGCCAAUAAAGCACAAUCUUUCCAGUCUUGGCCCUGUGCAUAGUUCUGCACUACUACUUUGUCUUCAGCACCUCCUUUCUUCAGCAUCACUACCCACUGUUUUGUUUUACUGACAAUGUUUUACUUUCCUCAGCCAGCUCCCUAGCAUUUCAUUCUCUCUCCCUGAAUAGUAUAUAGCUCCUCUUCAUCUUAGAACAAUAUAGUUUAUUUUUUGCCCCCACUGAUUUGAACCUUGCCUCAGUUUCUGACUCUUCUGCCCCUUUCCUCAAGCUUCAUUCUCCACUAGCCCUUUCUUCAAGUCCUUCUUUCUUAGUUUAUUGCCUGCACUGCACUCCUUCAGCCUCCUUUUGGUCUUCCUACCCUCUAUCUUCCCUAUACUUCCCAGACAACCUUAGCUACUCCAUGUGAGAAUUUAAGCCCAGCCAAACAGACAAUUUUCUGUUGCCUCACAAUUUAGACUGAAAACUGUUUUGUUCCCUGAGCAACUGGAAUUCUGAGUCAUCCCAGCUGCUCAGACAAUCAAUGUUAGAGUGACAUUUUCACUGCCACAGCUACUAUGCAUAGAUCAAUGCAGUCCUGUUCUGGCACUAUGCAUACUACCAUCUAGUGUCCAUAGAUAGAACUACAACUUGUUCCCCCCUGCAUCCUCUUGCUGAGUAUAUUGUUUAGGGGAAUCUAGGCAGUGAGGCAUGACUGCAUCCGAUGAGGAACCCUGCUGGCUCAAAAGAGUGUGUGAUGGCACAGUGUGAAGCAGGGGCUUAGCUGCCUUUAACAAGAGUAGUGGGAGCAGCCUUGUUUGAAUUGCAGUGUCCAUGGCUUGGCUGUGUCUGUCUAGCUUCCGUACUGUCUGCCUGUCUCCACAUUGAAAUAUUUGCAGGAGUCCCUGAGCCCAACCCUUGCUCUGCUUUGCCAGGGCCAAGCCCACUAUUGAUUUGGGUUCAAAUUGUAGAGCUGUGCCAUGAAGUAUUUUGGAAAUCGGCAUCUGAAAGUGACUGGCCUGAAAGACUAAAGGGUAGAGAAUCCUUCCAGAUAUUAGGACUGCCACCUGUGGUCAACCUAGGGAGUCUGCCUGUCCCUUUAAGAGUUCUGAUGCAGUGAGAUGUGCAGCGGAUGUGCCUGCCACUUCAUUGGUCCUACCAUUCUUCCCCAGUUGCUGGGCCUUGCUCCUGGCCUUCAACUAAGGAAGAAGGGUAGGUGGUGCAAUGUUUGUGCAACCUCUCCCAUUGCUUGAAUUUGCUUCUGAAGGUCAAUUUUAAGUCACAGUGUAAGCCAAACCAUUCCAAUAUAUGUACAGGGAGCACUGUGUAUUGAGCAAAAACAAUUGUCUCACUGAUGAUUAGCUGUUAGAGGCUUAACAGUAACUCAUAGGAACUAUAGUGUGAAUUAUGUAAUCUGUUUAACAGGUAUAACCAUAUACUCAUUUUUUAAAAGCCUUUCCCCCAACAGAACACAAUUGCUCGAAAUGCUUUGGCAUAACUUUUUUUUUUAAAUUUUGCUCAGUCAGAAGUGCUUCCUGCGCAUAUUGGAACAGUAUGGUUGGCAGCGUGAGUCUUUUCCAAACUGCUUUGCAGCGUUAGGCACAGGAUAUCUGGUCGACAGCUGGCCGCCCUCCAAGUCCAGCAUCUGAGGACUGCCAUUGGCCGCAAUUUAAGAUUUUAAUUUGUUUGCCUCUCCUUUGAUCAAUUGUCUUGGCUUACUCCCGCGUUAUUCAGAGGAAGGUCUUUGCGCCGCUAGCGCCUUCUGCGGUGCUUCUCCGGAUUAGGAAGAUGGGUUGGAUGGUAAACGUUUGGAGGGACGUACUUCAAGGCAGGGGAUGUGGGCUAGAUGUCUCUGUCAUGUUCGGCCGUGAGGGACGGAGGAGCCGUGCUGCUUCCCCCGAUGCGGGUGCUUUGCUUCGCUUCACCACCUGCUGAAUCAUUGUAGUAGUACGAAAAAGACCCUAUGAAAACUACUACAAGGAUGAAGAUGUUCUCAGGAGGAAACAACUGCAACGCCGCCACAGUUUCGUCAUGGUCAAAGGAGCUGCCCUGCUCCUUCAGGAAGAAGAAAAGCUUGAAAUGGUGCAAGAGGCUCCUGCCCCCUUAGAGCACAAGCAGAGUGAGAGAGCUGCAGGACAGCAGGAGCUGCACUUACAGCAAAUGGUGGGGCUGCUGCGACCAGAAGACACCAUCCAGCUGGCAGUAAGGCUGGAGUCAUCUCGAGCUCAUCGAAUCCGGUACCUGCUGGUUGUGUCAGCAGAGGAGACAGAGAGCAAGAGUGAGAUGGUGCUACUGGGAGUGGAUUUCCCCGAUGAAGGUAUGGCCAUCUGCACCCUGGGGAUGGUACUUCCACUCUGGAGUGACACCCAAGUCUUCCUUGAUGGUGAUGGGGGCUUCAGUGUAACAUCUGGGGGGCAGACGCGUAUCUUCAAGCCCAUCUCUGUCCAGACCAUGUGGUCAGCGCUGCAAGUACUGCACAAGGCGUGCAAUGAAGCCAUCUGUGGCAACAGUUUUCCAGGAGGCAGUGUGUUGGGCUGGACUGAGUGGUACCAGAAGGCUGUGAACUCUGAGCAGAGCUGCAUUAAUGAGUGGCUAGCCAUGUCCGACCUGGAGUCUGUGCGGUCCAGUUCUCCUGCAGAUUUCUCUGACCAGCUGACAGCACAGGAGAUGACAAAGCGGAUGAUCCGGGCCAAGCUGCGUGAGGUGAUGGCCACCACUGACCUGGAGAGCAUCACCUCCAAGGAGAUCCGCACAGAAUUGGAGCGCCGAGCUGGUUGCAGCCUCGAGGACUACAAGGAGUUUAUUGAUAAUGAGAUGCUUCUCAUCAUGGCUCAGAUGGACCGGCCCUCCAAGAUCUUUGAUUACCUCUACUUGGGCUCUGAAUGGAAUGCAGCCAACCUAGAGGAGCUUCAAAGGAACAGGGUCAGCCACAUUCUUAAUGUGACUCGUGAGAUUGACAACUUCUUCCCUGAGCACUUCACUUACAUGAAUGUGCGGCUCUAUGAUGAGGAAACCUCACAGCUGCUGCCACACUGGAAGGAGACCUACAGCUUCAUUUCAGCUGCCCGGGCACAAGGCUUGCGAGUGCUGGUGCACUGCAAGAUGGGUGUAAGCCGCUCCGGCUCCACAGUGAUUGCGUAUGCCAUGAAGAAGUACGGUUGGUCACUGGAACAGGCCCUUCGCCACGUGCAGGAGCGACGCCCAAUUGUCCAUCCCAAUCCUGGCUUCAUGAGGCAGCUGGAACUUUAUCAGGGAAUUCUGAAUGCCAGCCGACACGGCAGCCUAUGGGAACAAAAGAUAGGAGAGGCCCAAUCGGAAGACUCUUCGGAUAUAAGUGAUGCCAGCAGUAAUCUUUCAGGAAGCCCAGACUAUGAGACUGUAAGCUCAGAAGAAGAAGAAGCAGAAGAAGAAGAACCUGAGGAGCUAGUGACAACCCCCCAGUAUUGCUUUCGGCCUUUGCAGAAACCUCCUGAAGAAACCAACCAUCCUCUUGACCCACUUGCUGGUCCUCGGCUUAGUCUUCAGGACACAGAAGAACCUGGAGCAUCAGAUGACUCAGGGGCUGAAGAAGUACGAAGACACCUGGCCACCAUGACAGUACCAGAGCAGACAACCAUGCUCCGACGGGAACGCAUUAAUCUCUAUGCAGUCAUGCGCAGCAUCAGUGAGAUGGAUAGCCCAGAACUCACCUCUUUGCCAGAAUGUGCCACAGAAGAAGAGGUAUUUCUUAAUGUAGAGAGGAAGACGCAUGUGUCAUUUGAGCCAUCUCCCACAAAUGAGGAGAACUUAAGGCUGACAACGGACUCCACAGCAAAGCCCUGCCUGCCAGAAGGAGAGCGGGCACAGGGUCGCAGGCCUGGACGACGUGGACGCAGGGCCUCCAGGGGCCAUUCUCAUCUCUGCAAGCAGGUUUCAUAUCAUCCUGUACCAGGCAGGGUGCGUAAAACAGCCCGGCGCAUGGAGGGUCCAGUCCCGUUCUGCCGCAGGCCCCCCUUGCAGCAUCGCCUCUCUGUGGCCCAGCUGGCUGACGCUGCCCUCGUGGUGAGUCGGGCCAAGGAGUUUGAGGGACAGACAGACCCCCAAAGCCCUGACAAGCUCCUGUCACCACCUCCCCCCAAACCUAGAGAAGAUGCUGCUCUCUGUCCUCAGCCCCGCUCCCAGCCACGGCGAAUGGUGCGCCAGGCCAGCAUAGACGUGGACCCAAGCUCAGGAUGAAGAUCUGCCUCUGCCUUUCUCCAUACAUACUGUUACAAAGUGGAGUCAUUCAUGGAGCCCAGAGGCUAAACAGAGGUUCAUUCCAUAUCACAGGAUGCAGGGGAGUUCUUCCUGUGCCUGAGGCACUACCGUGUCAAUUAUCUUGGGAGGGGGCAUCUGAGAACUGCCUGUGGGAAGAGUAGGGAAGAGGAAGCAGGGACCUUAGGUCUUUGUUACCACAGCCACCUCACAAACUUGAGUCUAAUGGGCAGCCCUAGUGUGUGGAGGGGGAACAUGAGUCCUUGUGUGGGUGUCUAUCCUCCACGUUUCAGAUCUAGCCUUGAACACUGCCUGGCUACAUGGGGCAACAGGUGCCACAUUUUAUAUUGCACCUCUGUUGAUUCCUGUUACCUGCUUUAAUGCAAAUGAGCUUUUUCAAGUGAGGUCAGGACAAUAGUCUCUCACUGUGACACAGACACACCCAGCCAAUGUGCCAUGACCAGCUUCAGUCAGCCUGAGAAUAAACUCACUUUCCUUUUGCUGGA